CAGUGGGGCGCCUGGGCGGGGCGCACAGCCAAGCGCCAACCGCGAGCGGCCGAUCCGCAGCGUGCUACCCGGUCACCACCCGCCAUGGCCCGCGCUGCCCCUCUGCUCGCCGUGCUGACCACACUUCUCACCGCCGCCGCUGCAGGCGGAGAUGCCCCGCCCGGAAAAAUCGCUGUCAUUGGAGCUGGGAUCGGGGGCUCAGCUGUUGCUCAUUUCCUUCAACAACACUUUGGACCCCGAGUGCAAAUUGUUGUCUAUGAGAAAGGGACCGUGGGCGGCCGCCUGGCCACCAUCUCCGUCAACAAGCAGAACUACGAGAGCGGGGCGGCCUCCUUCCACUCUCUGAGCCUCCACAUGCAGGACUUCGUCAAGCUACUGGGGCUGAGACAGCGGCGCGAGGUGGUGGGCAGGAGUGCCAUCUUCGGCGGGGAGCAUUUCGUGCUGGAGGAAACGGACUGGUACCUGCUGAACCUCUUCCGCCUCUGGUGGUACUACGGCAUCAGCUUCCUGAGGCUGCAGAUGUGGGUGGAGGAAGUCAUGGAAAAGUUCAUGAGGAUCUACAAGUACCAGGCUCACGGCUACGCCUUCUCGGGCGUAGAAGAACUGCUGCACUCCCUGGGCGAGGCUACCUUUGUCAACAUGACUCAGCGUUCAGUGGCUGAGUCCCUGCUCCAGGUGGGCGUCACACAGCGCUUUAUUGAUGAUGUUGUCUCUGCUGUCCUACGGGCCAGCUAUGGCCAGUCAGCAUCAAUGCCUGCCUUUGCUGGAGCCAUGUCACUAGCUGGGGCUCAGGGCAACCUGUGGUCCGUGGAAGGAGGCAACAAGCUGGUUUGUUCUGGUUUGCUGAAGCUCGCCAAGGCUACAGUGAUCCAUGCCACAGUGACCUCUGUGACCCUGCACACUACAGAAGGGAAAGCCCUGUACCAAGUGGGCUAUGAGAGUGACAAGGGCAACAGCUCUGACUUCUACGACAUCGUGGUCAUCGCCACGCCCCUGCACCUGGACAACAGCAGCAACAACAUCACCUUUGAAGGUUUUACUCCACCCAUCGAUGAUAUUCAGGGCUCUUUCCAGCCCACUGUGGUCUCCCUGGUCCAUGGCUACCUCAACUCUUCCUUCUUUGGUUUCCCCGACCCUAAGCUUUUCCCCUUCGCCAACAUACUCACCACAGAUUUCCCCAGCUUCUUCUGCACUCUGGACAACAUCUGUCCCGUCAACAUCUCAGCCAGCUUCCGGCGGAAACAGCCCCAGGAGGCAGCUGUGUGGCGGGUGCAGUCCCCUAAGCCCCUCUUCCGGACUGAGCUGAAGACCCUCUUCCGUUCCUAUUACUCGGUCCAGACAGCGGAGUGGCAGGCCCACCCUCUCUACGGCUCCCGCCGCAGCCUCCCAAAAUUCGUACUCCAUGACCAGCUCUUCUACCUCAAUGCCUUAGAGUGGGCGGCCAGCUCGGUGGAGGUGAUGGCCGUAGCUGCUAAGAAUGUGGCCUUGUUGGCUUAUAACCGCUGGUACCAGGAUCUGGACAAGAUUGACCAAAAGGACUUAAUCCAUAAGGUCAAGACUGAACUGUGAGGGCUCCAGGGAGAGAGCCCAGGAACUCUGUCCCACCCUGAAGACGGAGCCCACCCCAGCAGCACAGGAUGGGCU